AUGACCACGGAGAGUUUUGCAGAGUUCCUGAAUAAGCUCAGGGAAAUCCAUGAAAAAGAGGUCCAAGGUCUGCAGAGCAAGCUGCUGGAGCUGACGACGGAGAAGUGCCGUGAUGCUCAGAGAAUUGAAGAGUUGUUUGCUAAAAAUCAGCAGUUAAGGGAACAACAGAAGGUCCUUAAAGAAAAUGUAAAGGUGUUAGAAAACAGGCUGCGAGCAGGUCUCUGUGACAGAUGCAUGGUCACCCAGGAGCUGGCAAAGAAGAAGCAGAAUGAGUAUGAGACCUCCCACUUCCAGAGCCUGCAGCACAUCUUCGUCCUCACUAACGAGACAAACCGCCUGAGGGAGGAGAACAGGACGCUCAAGGAAGAACUGAAGAGGCUCCAGAGCCCAGAGGACAAGGUGAAGCACCAAGGAGUCACCUCCAGAGAAAGCAACUCCACCCCCAGCUCCCCCUUGGCUUUAUUGUCCCCAGUGAGCAGAAACACCAGCAACGAGAGGGCAGCUCCCAGGGGAGCAGAAGAAGCCCACCGAGAGGUGCUGAGCCUUGAGCUAGGAGAAGAAAAGCCUGCACGACAGAGAAGCUCUCCAAGCAGUAGGACUUCCCCAAGCCACGUCCUCCAAGAAGUCAGCCUCACAGAAAUGGCAUCUCAGAGGAUCUCCAACCAGCUGCAUGGAACCAUCGCCCUGGUGAGACCCGGCUCCAGAGCCUGCCCCCUGGAGAAAAGCCCUUCAGGAGCAGCAGUGUCCCCUCCAGCGAGGAAAACUCCUCUGCCCCCGGAGCGUGAGCACAGCCCCAGCCUCGAGGCUUAUUUAACAGCGAGCAUACCGGACUCCCCCAAGGCUGUCCCAUCCUAUGAGAACAUCAAACUGAGCACCCAGCGAGAGCAGCUCUGCCUCCUCCACAAGCACCUCUCCCUGCACCAGCUGGGGCUGGCAAGCAGCCGCCCCUCUGCCCGCCGGGAUGGCAGCAGCUUCUCCAGCCCCCUGCUGAGGGUCAAGGACGCCGAGGGCAGGACGGGCUCACGGGAGGGCUGGGAAGAGGGCACGGCCUUGCUGAAGCUGCCCGCCGCCAUGGUGUACGUGAGGGAUCAGCAGCUGGAGGAGAAGCUGCAG